GGUAAUGUUAUCCGAUUGUGACGAAAUUAUGCCGGACAGACAGAUCGAAUUUGAAAGAGUGUCACAAGUAAUCGAAAAUAUAGAUGAAUCGGAAAUAUAUCUAAUUGGCCGUAAUGCCGAAGUUGCGACAAGUCCGCAGUCCAAUAUUAGUGACCGUGAUCCCCUUACCCAAUCAGAAAAGGUUGAGUCAAUUCCGAUACCGGACGGCCUGGUGAUGGACCCGAUGUCGCCCACUGCGCUUGUCGUCCCAAAUCAGCUCAUGGGCCGCAUUGGUAGUGGGCUGAGUAUAAUAAGAGAUCACGGCAAGAAAGUUCAAAAAUAUCUCUUGAAGAACAAAAAAUUUGAAGUUGUUAAGAGAUCAUGGACCUCAAUCGUGAACAUAGUUUUGAUUGAAGCCAAAGACUUACCAGAUGCGCCAGCGAACGGAUCCAGCGGUCUCUACUGCAAGUUCAAGUUAGGUAAUGAAUCUCAUAAGUCAAAGCAAGUUAACAAAUCAAAGCCAGUAUGGCGGGAACGGUUCAACUUGUAUCUGUACGAAGACAGCUCUCUCGAGGUCAAUGUGUGGCACAAAACAAAACAGAAAAACUUCAUGGGCCGAUGUGUCAUCGAUCUAUCUCAACUGGAGAAGGAAAAAACACACGAUCUAUGGUCGGAAUUAGACUGCGGGUUCGGCUCAGUGCAUAUGCUGAUUACACUCAGUGGAUCCGAACGGUGCAUAUCAGCUGAUAACGUGCUUACUACGAACGGUGUACAUCAUGAAACGCCAACGGAGGAUAAGUUUGUUUGGUAUAAAUUGGACGAUUGGACAAAUGUUGGUGAAUUAUCAGUGACGGUACAUGGCGCAAAAGGCUUGAGCGCUCUGAACAUUAGUGGCAACGUUAAUGCCUUUUGUGUGCUGGAGUUGGACAACUCGCGGAUCCAGACCCACACUGUACGAGGGACCUCGGAACCAAACUGGAACAAGACCUUUACAUUCUGUGUUAAUGACGUCACGUCGGCGUUAGACAUAGCCGUUCUUGAUGAAUCGAUAUUGCAAUCGAUGAAAGGUGAGACAAUCGGCAAAAUAUCGAUACCAUUGUUAAGGAUAAAUAACAAUGAAAAACGAUGGUAUGCUCUGAAGGACCGUUCAAAACGACAUAGCGCAAGAGGAAACUGUCCGAGAAUUCUGCUAGAGAUGUCCCUUGUAUGGAAUCCGGUUAAAGCUUCAAUGCGCGUCCUCAGACCAAAGGAAACCAAAUACAUCUUAAAGCCGGCGAAAUUUGACAUCCCUCUUCUAUACAACAACUUAAAGUUCAUUAAGGAUAUAUUUAAAGUUUUUCAUAAUGGCAACGAGCAUUUGAAGCGAUUAUUCGAAUGGGAGAAUCAAGAGAAAUCCACGGUGGCGUUAAUCGGAUGGCUGAGUUUCUGGUACUUCUUUAGGAUGUGGAUGACGCCGCUCUUACUAGUUUUGCCAUUUUUUCACUAUUGGCUUACUCAAAGAAACAACAACGCUCUCGUCCCCGUGUGUCAAAUAGAUGAUGAUUAUGUUGAAGAAGAGCAAGACACCAAGGAUGAAAAGACGAUAAAGACUAGACUUAGCGAACUACAAGAUCUAACACUGACUAUCAAGAACGGAAUAGACUACGUCGUAUCAUUACUCGAAAGGAUAAAGAACUUGGUAAACUUCAGCGUGCCAUAUUUAAGCUAUUUAGCUAUAGUGUCUCUCAUUGGAUUAUCUAUAGCUUUCUAUAUUAUACCCGUCAACUAUUUAUUUAUGGCAUUUGGUAUUUAUAAGUUUACACGUAAGUUUUUAAAUCCAACGAGAGUUCCGAACAAUGAUAUCUUGGAUUUUAUAUCACGUGUGCCGGAUGACGAGAUCUUGAAACAAUGGCGGGAGUUGAAAGUUCCAGAGCCAAAUUUAAAUCCGUCGGAUCCGACGAAAAGCAGAUAGUAGAUGUCCAAGAGAGAUAUUGGAUUGAAUAUACACUUUGUUCUUCGGAGUGAGUGCCAUAGUGGAGAAGCCAGGGUGCUAAGACAAGAGUGUACAAGCCCGAACAAAAAAGCGGAUAUACAACUGUUACUUUAUGAGUAAACUUGCCGUUACCCGCGAACUGUCGCUUUUCAUCACUGAUAGGGUUCCAGGGUAGCAUUGUCCAAGUCUUAUUCUUGUGAUAAGAAAACAGACAGACAGAUUUGGUUUCGCAUUUAUAAUAUUAAUACUUUCAGGUGAGAUAGGAUUAAUAUUUCAAGGCUCUUUCGUCGCUUUAAAAUAAAACUUUACUGACGCAAAAAUAAGUUAUACUUCCGUCACGUGUAUUGCGUUUUUUAUAAACAAAAUCUCACCGAAUAGUUGUUUUUUUUGAAAUUACAAUAAUAACACAUACCGCAUUAAAACCGCGCGGUUAAUAAAGCGUCAUAUAAAGCUGGGUUUGUAUUUGCCUCUAGAUAUAAUAUACGAUUGUGAUUUUAAUGAUUAAUCAUAUUUAUUAUAAGUAUUGCAAAUAAAAAGUAUUUAAUCGAUAAUUUGCCUCAAAUUGAGGUGGAUAUAGAUCUUGUGAUUCUCGAUGAAUGUACUUGAGCAUCUUGAUUGGGUUCUGGUACGCCUAAUUCUUUCCAAUCCUUCUGUGAACGGAAGAAUAAGUUAUUAAUUAAUCUCUUAUUUAAUUGUAAUAUAUAUCCUAUACAUAGUAUGCGAAAAUUGUGAUAUGUACAUUAAAAAACAAAAAUACAGUUCGGUUGAUAAAAUUUUAAUCAACUCAAAGAUAAUUUAUUAACAACUUUUGUUUUUCAAUGUACUUACUUAACUUAAUUGCUCAAUAAAACUUGCCUUUGUGAUACAUUCGUCAUUAAAAAUAAUUCGUA